UUUUAUUUGUUCAAGAUAUAUUAGAUUGGAAAUUGGUUUACUUUGUUAUGUUGAAAUAUUUGGUAAAUUUACUUUUCUUCCCUGCAGAAUCAAGGCCAUUGAAAGCCCUGAUAAAGAUGACGAUACAAUAUGGCUGAUGUACUGGGUAGUAUAUGGUCUCUUCAGUGUAGCUGAAUUCUUUUCUGAUAUCUUCUUUUCCUGGUUUCCCUUCUAUUAUAUGUUCAAGUGUGUGUUCCUGGUUUGGUGUAUGGUUCCCAUCACAAAUAAUGGCUCUCAAAUGAUCUACAAGCGUUUCAUUCGCCCUUUCUUUCUGAAACAUGAGGCUAAAUUGGAUGAAGUUGUGAAGAAUAUUGGUGAUCGGGCCUCAGAAGCUGCAGAUACCAUAAAAGAAAAUGCCAAAAAAGCAACAGCAAACCUAAUCUUUGAAGAGAAGAAGAGUACUUAAACAAUGACUGAAAAAGCUCCCUGGAAUCAAGAGUGUUAAGAUAUUGCCUUUGGAAAGUUUUUUUUCAAUGCACACUUUAAAUGUAUUUCUUAUAACCUAUUUGCUCAGUUUUAUCAAAUAAAAGUGGAAAAAUGUAUGGUACUCAAAUGUAAUAUUACAGUCAGUGUUUAAUUGCUUGUUGCAAAUAUUUCAUGGAUUAUUGCUAAUGAUGCAGAUGCAGUUCUGAGAGUGGCAUUUUUCUGGUUUGUCUUGUCCUUUUAUUGUCUGAUAAAUGUUCAAUAAACUUCAAAACUUGA